AUGAUACUGGAUGGAUUGCAGUCAUUUCACAACCAGAGCAACUACACCUGCUGCUUUUUCGAGGAUCCUCUUCUCUCCUACAUUCUUCCUCCACUUCUGACUAUCAUCUUUGUGUUGGGAUCAUUAUUUAAUGGCAUUGCUUUGUGGGCAUUUUGCUUUCACAUCAAGGUAUGGAAAUCUAGCACAGUCUAUCUCUUCAACUUGUCAGUGGCCGAUUUCCUGCUCAUGAUCUGCUUGCCCUUCAGAACAGACUAUUACUUGAAGAAGAAAAUCUGGUUCUAUGGAGAUGUCCCAUGCAGAGUGAUGCUGUUCAUGUUUGCUAUGAACAGGGCAGGAAGCAUCUUCUUUCUUACUCUAGUUGGCUUGGACCGAUAUUUUAAAGUUGUUUACCCACAUCAUAGAAUCAACUCCAUGUCCAUCAAGGCUGCUGUUGUUACUGCCUGUGCUGUAUGGCUUGUAGCUAUAUCACUAACUGCCUUCCUUCUUACCAAAGACCAUACUGGAGGGAAUGUGUCCAGGAAAGCAUACUGUGACAGCUUUAUUGUGUGUUCCGCAUACUCAUGGUGGCAUGAUCUCCUUUUCAUUAUCGAGUUUUUCGUUCCUCUGUGUAUUGUCCUGUUCUGUUCUUACAGCGUCAUCUGGAAGCUGAGACAAAGGAACAUGGACAGAGACUUGAAGAUUAGGAAAGCAGUCAAAUGUAUAACACUUGUUGGGGUAGUGUUCUGUGUAUGCUUUUUACCAAGUGUGUCCACCAGGAUUGAAAUCUUAAGACUCAAAGCAUCACUGCAGGGAAAUAGCUGUAGCAUCUACAGAACUGUAGAGACUGCUUUCUUCAUCACGUUAUGUGUCACAUACAUGAACAGUGUGUGCAAUCCUUUGGUUUAUUACUUCUCUAGUCCUUCAAUGAGAACUUUUUACUUGCAGAUUCUAAUAAAAUUCAAAAUAUGUCCCAAAUUGUCCUGUCCAAAAUCACGUGUGUGCUUUUAAGGACAAAUUCCAGCUA